UGACUCCGUCGUUAUCAGCAGCUACUUCUGUACUCAGUUUGUCCACGUAUAUCCCAUUUAGAGGAAGUUGGUUUGACCAGGUAAUGUGUCUAAAAGUAGGCCCUUCAUUAUUUUAAAGGUAUUUUCAUUAUUUUUUGGCAGCAGCUAAGCUAAUGUUAGCUUAGCAUACUGAGCGACAGGACGGGACGUUGUCACAGCGACGCUUUACCAGUGAUCAGGCUGCGUUCAUGAUGGAGUUUAUGGAGAAGUUCCCCUGAUUGUUUGAAGAUGUCUGAGCUCCAGAGGAGGAUGAACUUAGACACCGAGCAGCCAGAAACAGCAGAGGAAGGACCGACUGGAAGAAAAUCUGGUCAAUCUCCCCGACUUUCUGGCAUCCACCAGGUCAAAAAGGAAGUAGUUGCUGAGGAGAAGAAGUGGAGUCUCAAACCAGACCAGGAGAAGCAGAAACCUCCACAGAUUAAAGAGGAACAGGAGGAGAAUGAUAUUACAGCGUUAACGUUCAGUCCUGUUCACUUGAAGCAUGAGGAUGAUGAAGGGAAACCCCAGCUCUCAGAGCUUCCUCACUGCAAGACCGAAGAGGACAGAGCUUCUGUUGGACCAGAACCAGAUCAGUGCGUAGAAUCAGACAAUAAAGACAACACUCCAGAUUCCUCUGAAACCGACGUCAGUGAUGGAAACUGGGAGGAAAGCAGCAACUUAUUGGAUACAAACUCUGUUAGAAGUAAUGAAGUGGAUGGUCAAUCAGCAAAUGGUGAAUUACACACCUGCGCAGAAUGUGGCGGAAAGUUCAGCCACCAGAUUUAUUUAUUAAGACACCAGAGAAUCCACACAGGAGAAAAACCUUUCAGCUGCUCUUCUUGCCGACAGGCUUUUAUAUUAAAACACGCCUUAAUAAAACAUUUGGAAACUCACAGUGACGACAAGCCUUUCAGCUGCUCCAUCUGUGGCCAGAACUUCAGGAGGAAGGGGUGGUUAACUCAGCACAUGAGGAGACACACUGGAAGAAAACCUUACAGCUGCUCUAUCUGUGACUGUUCUUUUGUGUGCAAGCGUGAAUUAGCUGAGCACACAAGGACUCAUAGUGGAGAGAAACCUUUCAGCUGCUCUGUCUGCAAGGCACCUUUUUCAAGUGAAAGAACUCUGGUGGUGCACUCAAAAAUCCACAGUGGACAGAAACCACACAGCUGCCCUUAUUGUCUGAUAACUUUCAGAAGAAAAGACAGUUUGAAGCGACACUUAAGAACCCACAGCGGAGAGAAACCGUUCAGCUGCUCUGUCUGCAGACAAAACUUCAGCGUCAAGGAGAGCCUGAAUCGGCACAUGAGGCGUCACACAGGAGAAAAACCUUACAAGUGUUCUGUGUGUGAGGCCCGCUUUCAGCUAAAGCAAACUUUAGUGGAGCACAUAAGAAUUCAUACCGGGGAGAAGCCGUUCAGCUGCUCUGUCUGUCAGGAAAGCUUCAGGAGAAAACAGGAUUUUGUGAACCACGCAAAACUUCACAGCAAGACUACCUGCAAGUUGUGCGGCCAAAGCUUCGACAAAGCUGUUCGCUUGGCUCGGCACAUGAGAUUUCAUGACAGUGAGAGAGCUUUUAGCUGUCCCAUUUGCGCGGUGGCUUUCAUCAGGAAGAAUGCCUUAAUCCAGCACAUGAGAAUCCACUCAGAGGAGAGACCGUUCAGCUGCUCCGUGUGCAAGGCCACCUUCAAAAGGAAGGACGGCUUGAAGCUGCACAUGAGGGUUCACACCAGAGAAAAACCGUACAGCUGCAAGGGCUGCAACAAGAAGUUUACCCAGCUGUCCUGGUCCAAAACGCACCAGAAACGAUGUCUAAGCUUACGCAGCAAGCUGAGAUGAUGUUGGCUUCCAAGCUAGAGAUGAAUCAUGUGAAUUAAAAUUUCUCAUAAUGGCCUCUAACAGAGAGUUUCUGCAGUAUGAAGGAGUAGGAAGGCCAUGCUAAGAUUUUUUUUUUUUAAUUUGAAAUAACAAAAGAACAACACCAGAAUUACAUUGUAUUGGUAUGGGAAUAAACUCAUAAUAAUAUGAAGUUAUAUUGUAUUGGUUGUGAAAAGAAAAUAUACUUUGAUCAAAUUAUUAUCAGCAGGAUGACUUUAACAGGUUUGUGAAAACGACUUCAUCUCCUGUAGAAAGUCUCUGUUGGCUCUCGGUUGUGUUUCAGAUUAAAGCUCAUCCUGCCUGGCCUCACAGUUUAGGCGGAUGGAUCACGUCUUCAUAAGUUUGUAGUUGUGCCUUACUCUUGAUUGGGAUGUGAAAUGUUGGGUGAUUUCCAUGGGAUUUUUACAUGUUCAUACUAAGUAUAAUUAGGCUUCCUUCACAUUCAUCCACAACAUUUGAACAUUUUUCGAUGUUUGUAGUUAUGGCUGCUGCCUUUGAAGACAGAAUCUCUGCACUCCAGGAUCAUCUCUAAAUGAAAGAAACAGUUGAUCUGUUGGAAGAUGAUUAUUUUUAUUCAUUCUAAAGAAUUACAUUUAGAUUAAUUACAUUUAUCCUAAAUCUGUGCUACA